AGUCUCCAGACCAUUUCUCUAGCAGAAUCUUUGAUUGGUUCUUUGUUUAUUGUGAUGCCCCAUUAAAGAAGAAGUUCCCAUCUCGCUUUGGGAUCGCCAAACAUUCUUAGAUCUCUCUGCUCCAAAGAUCUCUGGUUUUACUUCACCUCUCUAUCUCUGCAGAACAGAGGAGUCUGGAAUUAUUGAAUGAAAAUGGGAAAAACAGGGCGAGAUUGGACACAGAUCUACGCUAUUUACGGAAUAGAUGAUUGGCAAACCCCUGUUUUUCUCUUAAUUCACGCCAUCCUCUUCUCCUUCCUCUCAAUUAUCAUACUUCUCUACUUCCCCCCGAUCUGCCUCUUCUUUGAAUCAAUACCCUCCAAUCUUCCAUCAGGAACAACCCGAUUCGCAAUCGGCUUCAUAGGAUCCGUCACAGCAAUCUCCGCCGUCUGUCUCUACCUCGCCGCCUGCAACAUCUUCUACUCAUCCGUCUACCUCCAAUGGGAAAUGGCCCAAAGAAUGGUCACCACAAUCGAGGACUGGUCAUCAAUCCAUCAAGCCCUUGUCAUUGGUUGCAGCCGCGGCAUCCUCCUCAACUCCGUCGCCAUGCAGCUAAAGAAAUGCGGCAGUUCAGGCCGAGUCGUCGGAAUCGAUUCAGGGAAAUCUACGGUUGUGUCUGCACUCCAAACGGCAAGAAUUGAAGGGGUGGAGGAAUUUGUGACGUGCAGGGAAGGAGAUGGGAGGAGACUUCCGUUUGGAGAUGGGUAUUUUGAUAUUGUGACAUCGGCUAUGUUUUUGCAUAGAGUUGGAAAGGAGUUAGGACGGAGCUCGGUGGGUGCGGCGGCGGAGAGAAUGAGGGUGGUUGGGGAAGUGGUGAGGGUGCUGAAACCGGGGGGAAUUGGAGUGGUUUGGGAUUUGGUUCAUGUGGGGGAGUAUGUGAAGAAAUUGAAAGAGAUGAAGAUGGAGGAGAUAAGAGUAUCGGAGAGAGUGACCGCGUUCAUGGUGAGUAGCCAUAUCGUGUCUUUUCGCCGGCCGAGACAGCAAGUGACUAAUAUGGGAGAGGAUGUUCGGCUUGAUUGGAGAUUUUGUAACAUUGAUCUUUAGUUUACGUUUUUAGAUUAUCAAUGGGGUUUUUAAUAAUUUGUUAAGAUUAUUAAU